AUCAGCAAAAGCCCCGCACGCUCUCUCUCUUCCUUCUUCUCUCCCUCUAAAACCCUAGAGAAAGUCAGUUAGCCACCACCGGCCGCCACCAUGGCCGUACUCAGCCGCCUACAAGUAGUUGCGUCCCAGCUCACGCGCCGCGGCCUCGGGAAUCUGGAGCGCCGAGCCUACGGAUCGGCGGCGGCUCAGCUGCAGUACGAGGACGACGAUUAUUACUACGACGAUAAGGACGAAGAGGAGGAACGGAGGGAGACAAGUCGGAAUCGGAUGCUGGACUCGGACGGGUGGGUCCCGGGAAGAGGUGUGCAGUGGGUGCUGAUCGGAGACAGAGGCGCGAAGAAGCACCUGUACGCCGAGAGGCUCUCGAAGCUUCUGGAAGUUCCGCACAUUUCUAUGGGAUCCCUCGUCCGCCAGGAGCUCAAUCCUCGCUCUUCUCUCUACAAGCAGAUUGCGAAUGCAGUGAAUGAAGGGAAGCUUGUUCCGGACGAAGUGAUAUUUGCAUUGUUGUCGAAGAGGUUGGAAGAAGGAUACUACCGCGGCGAAAUCGGAUUCAUUCUCGAUGGGAUUCCUCGAACAAGAACACAAGCUGAGAUUGUUGGCCAAAUUGCCGAGAUUGAUUUAGUGGUGAAUUUCAAGUGCUCAAAUGAGCACUUGGUGAAGAAUAAUCUAGGAACCCGAAACUUCUCUGCUUGCCGAGAAUAUCUUAGGAUGGGCAACUCCGUUCGAAAUCUGAAUCUGCAGUCAAAGGAAGAACUUCUGAAAUCUCCCCCUGCUGAUGCAGAGCAGUCCAAGUCGCUGGAAGAUUACUACAGAAAACAGAACAAACUCAUCGAUUUUCAGGUCAAAGCUGCGCCGGGAGAAACCUGGCAGGGGCUGUUGGCUGCAUUACAUCUUCAGCAUAUAAACGCUGUCAGUUCUUCCCAGAAGCUCACUGCGUGAUUACACAUCUGUAUCUUUUUCGGCUUUCCUUAUCGGUUGCAUUCCGGGAGUAUAAGUAUAUAUUUAAGAUGUGAGAGUUAGAGUUUGGUUGGAAUUCAUGAGUGUUGAAUGUUCCAACGUAGUUUUGAAAUUUUGGUCUUGUAAGUGUUAUUUUUGUCACCCGUGGCUUGCAGCACGAGAGCUACAAGUUUGUAAUGUAUUGAGUGAGACAUGAAAAAAUCCCCCUCUAUCGGCGUUUUUUCUUCGAAAAGAAUAAAUUGAACACUUUCUCUA